AUGCGCCUCCACUACAACCCCAGAAAGUGGCACUACGUUCCGGACGACCCGUCUUUAACGUGGGGCGCCGCCGACGACCGCGCUCGCUUGUGGCGGUCGCCGACCUACGCUCUGACGGUCGACACGAAGGCGGCCGAGACGCCGCCCGAGCCCCUGAACGGCGUCUGGGCGGCGGUGCUCGAAUUCUGCGACCUGCGGUCUACACUAGCUUUGUCGACGACGGUGCGCAGCUUACGGGCGCUCGCGGCGAACGUCGCGGCCGUCGACGCCGCGCGCCACGAGGGCUUUGCCUACUGUUCAAAGAAUUGUACCGAACACGAGGCCGAGGACUACCGCUCGGGCGACCCGGCCGAGUCCGUGGGGGCGGAAUUGGCGCGCCGGGCGGUGGCGUCGCUCGCCGGGCCACCGGACGUCGUGGUGGUGCUGGCCGCGCGGCCCUGGCGCCUGCAACUGCCCGAAUUACGGGCGGCGGUAAGGAGAAGGCUGCCGCCGACGUGCUGCGCUUUAUGUACCAUCGCGGGCGCGCUCCGCGUCGAUGGCAUCAUCGGCCACGGCGUCGCAUUGCUGGCGCUGAGGCUCCCGCGGCCGUGCGCGGACCCGGGAAGAGUCGCCGUCGCUGCCGUACUACGAAGGACGGAGCAGUAUCUGGUGAGAGGCGCGGGGCCGUCGCCCGACGCGCUCGACCUCGUCGCGCUCGUCGACGGUUUCGGCGUCGUCGGCGCGAAACCGCGGAGCGAGGGCGCGUUCUCCGGGCUGAUGCGCUGGCUCCGCGCCGGCGGGUCGGCCGAGGGGGGCGACGACGGGGUCAACGCGAUAUGCUAA